AUGACUUGGUCUGUGCCACCAGUGAAAGCAGAGUUUGUAGUUUCCAAAGAGCCUUUUGGAGAGGGAGGGUUUAGAAGGGCUUAUAGAGCAACAAGUUCUACUGAUGAUUUCAAAGGCCAAGAGUGGGUGGUCAAGAAAUAUUUACCUACAACCUUGGCAUGCUUACAGGAAACAGGGCAAUCGGCUGAAGAUCACUCAAAGAAAAUUGUCCAGACCCAUAUGUUAGCUGGCAAUUUUGCUGAGCAGCUUCAGUCUUCCAUUGCCACCAAAUGCCUAAGUGAAUUUGGCGCAACAUUUUCUUAUAACAAAGUUUAUAUGGGUAGGAUUGAGAGUUCAUCAGAAUAUGUCACCAUUGCGGAGUUCAUCGAAGGCAAAUUUUGA